GGAUUUUCGCCACUAGUUGGCGGUGACGCAGCACGCAGGCAGUUCGAAAAUAAUCCCACGAAGAAGUCGACGGCUAACAUGCUAAAACGACAGCAGGUUUAACUAUACUGAGAAAGAAGUCUCAAAUAUGGAUAAGAAGAAGAAACCGUUGAACGUGGCAGCUUCAUCUCUGGUUGACCUUAAAGCUGAACUGUACAGAAAACAGGAGCAGUUCAAACGGGAGAAACUAGGCCAAGAAAACGUUGAUGGUGGAUUCAAAGCCAAAUCCACAGACAAGCAGAAACCUAAUAUCUGGACCAAACAAAAUGCCGGCGUGUCAGCGAGAGCAGCCAAAGAUGCGGAGCAGCUGGCAGAGGAGCGGGUCAGCCUGGACACGGCCAGGCGUAAACUGGAGGAGAAGGCCAGGCUCUAUGACCAAAUGACCAAAGGAGACUUUCCAGACGAAGAGACGGAGGGCCUGUACCUUGUUGACUUCACCCAGAAGAUUAUAGACAAAAAGAGAGAAGCAUUUGAACAGAAGGAGAAAGAGGAUGAGGAAAGAGAGAGCCUGUUACCCAUUCCUCCUCCUGAGAACCCAGAUGAGGAAUGGGUUGACUUUGUGGACGCCUUGGGCCGAUCGCGAAGAUGCAUGAAGAAAGACUUGCCCAAUUUUCAGAGAAUGGACCUGGAUUUUAAAGGAAAAGGGACUACCUCAUCUGAGAAGACCUUACUCUCAGAAGACAUGCGUAAAGAGCUGCAGAGACAGGAGUGGGAGAAGGAGGAAGAAGAGGCUAUGAAGAAGCCUAUUGGACCAAUCCAUUUUGAGGAUAUUAGGGCACAAGAGGCACGAGAACUUGGUGUGGGCUAUUAUGCUUUCUCUCAGGAUCAAGAUCAGCGCAGAAAGCAGAGAGAAACUUUGGACAUGCUCAGAGACCAGACAACAGAUCAGCGCACUAAGAGAGAACGACUGAAAGAGAAAAGGCAAGCCAUCUUGAAAGCUCGAUUAGCCAAGGUGAGGCAGAGGAAGAUGAAGAAAGCUAAACCGGAUGGCACAGAGGAAGAGGAGGGUGAAGAACAGACUCCAGGAAUGGAAGAGGAAGAGGAUGAGUUUGAAACAAUGGGGCCCUUGCCUGAUGAGCACCCGGAGGUCAGCACUGUGAAGAAGGUGGAAGUGGAGAUUCAGGAGAGGAGGGACACCAAACCAGGAGUUCCUCAUGUCAGAGAAUGGGACAGGGGCAAAGAAUUCAUGUUCAGUGACUGGAAAACUCGCCUUCGAGAAGAGCGGGACACAGAAUUUGCCCCUCCGUCUGCAUACUUCACUGACGAAAGGAGAAGUGCCCCAGGGAGGGCUAAGAAUCAGGAGAAGAAAUCAUACAUGUUCUUCAAGAGAACAAACCUCUCUGAAGAAAUCUCAGAAAUCAAGGAAGACUCUCAGCCUCAAUCUCAACCUCAGCCUCAGCCUCAAUCUCAACCUCAGCCUCAGCCACAACCUCAAACAGUUACUUCACCUCCUCAGCCACAGCCACCUCCUCCAACGUCUUCACAGCCACCUCCUCCUCCGUCUUCACAGCCACCACCUGCACAGAGCUCCCAACCAGCUGCCCCAUAUCAUCUCCAGUACCCUCCUCCUCCUCCAUUUUAUCUCUCAUAUCCUCCCCCUCCUGCACAUUUUGCAGGUCCACCUCACGUCCUUCCUCCAUUUCCCGCACAGUAUCCGUACCCGUGUCCACCCCAGUAUUCAGCCCAGUAUCCACCCCAGUAUCCAGCCCCGCCUGCACAACAAAGCCCGAGUCAGCCUCCACCUCCAGGCAUUCCUCAGAAUCUGGAGGACAUGCUGUCUUUUUACAGGAACUCAACCUGA